AUGUGUGUAAGUUAUUCUCGGCACCCCCCUUCCUCUCAGCCUUCCUCCGAGGAACUUCCUUCCUUCUUUCCUCCUGCACCUACCUACCUACCUACCUACCUACCAACCAAUCUAAAGCAUCGUCUCCCUCCCCUCCUACUACCAUACAGUAGCACUCUACCUGCAUAUGCAUAUGCAGGCACACUUCUCAUGCAUGCACUUCUAGUUGCAUAUACACCUGCAUCUUAUCUCCACUUCACAACGUUCGGGACGACGACCCAAUUUUCGGGACCAUCAUCUACCUACAUCUUCGGCACAUCACCUCCGCAUUUAUUCACUCACUCAUUCAGUCAGUCAGUCAGACCGCCUUCUCCCUACUUACCUACCCACCAACCUCUCACCUUCUAG